GUGCAAGCGCAACAAGCGGCCUCGCCGACGGUUGACGCGAGCGGAUUCAAUCCGCAGGACGGUGCUCCAGAGGAAGAGGAAAAGAGUUGGCUGGAACAACACGGACGUUUCGCAUUUGUCAUUGUGAUUGGUUUGCUCAUCCUGGGUCUUCUGAUCUGGUACAUUGUCCGAAGCGUCAAGGGUAUGCGUAGACGACUCAAGAUGGAGAACGACAACCAAAUGCAGAUGAUAAACCAGAUCGCUGCUAGUCGAGAC